UAAAAUUAUAGGAACGAUUUCUUAAAAUAUCGGAACGAUUUCCUUAAAAAACAGGAACGAUUUUUUUACGAGUAAAUAAUUAACCUAAAAAGCUUCUUUGUUGUGAGUUUUAUCUAAAUUGAUUUAUAUGAUAUCGUGUUAUAUCGUUAGGGCUUUGCAUACAAGUUUUUCUAAAGCAUUAAUUUCAUUUCUCCUAAAUUAUAAUUGUAGAGUUUCUUUUAAAGUAUUUUUUAGGAAUGAGCAGAAAAAUAUACCCAAGUGUGAGUGUUUAUUUUUUUUAUUUAUUAUGCACCUUGAGAUUCAACGCCAUGUUGAAUAUAUUAAGAGCCCAUGCUAAUCAGAGUUUCUUCAUUUCAUGAUGUCAAAAUGUUCAUCAAAUUUGUUCCUGAUUAUUUUUACAGUUUUGUCAAAAAAUAAUUACUUCUGGUAGUUUAUUACACUGGAAUACAAGUAGAAUUGCAAAACACUAAAUUUUCCAGUGUUUUUGCAACUCUACUUGUCAGAAAACAUUUCCUCGAUUUGUUGCUUUUUAUAAAUUCAAUAUUAAAACAUGCUUUUUGACCUCAUAUGUUUGCAGCUGGAACAUAUGCUGAAAUAUAAUUUGGUGAUUUUGGUUGUUAAUACUAUUAAGAUUUAAUACUAUCAAGUCAAAUUUAUGUAAAGUUUUAUAAUAUUGAAAUAAAUUUCCUUAUUUUUCUUCUGGUUUUUUAAUUAGUAAGUUAAAGUUUUUUUUAGCCUCACUGAAUAGGGUAGAUCUCAUAACUCAGGAUUCAAUUUAGUUGCUCAUUGUUGAACACUUUCUAAUUUUUGUAAAUUUUAUUUGUUACAAGGGUUCCAUAUUUGUGCUGCAUAUUCAAGAAUAGUUUAUACAAAAAUACAAUGCAGAAUAUUUAUUGUGUUUUUGUCCUUGUAAGUAAUUGGUUUGUAUAAUUUACCUAACUAAUUAUUUUCUUUAUUUACAACAUUUACAAAAUGCAAACUUAGGAGGAAAAUAUAUUUCGGAUGUUUUCUGAAUCUUUUACCCAAAAAUUUUUCCGGAAUUUCAAAAUAUGGUCUGAAUAAUUUAUGCAAUAACCUUGUAAUUUUUUUUAAAAAGACUGUUGUUUAAUGCAUAAAAGAAUAUUAAUCUCUAAAUAAUUUCUUAGAUUAUUUAUAAAACAAGGAUACUGAUUGAUAUUUUUUUGCUUACAGUUUGCUUCCAUUUUUAAAUACUAACAUUAGUCAAUUUCUAGAUUUCAGAAAGAUCACAAUUUGUAAAACUUUGUUGAUAAAUAAUUGACAAUGGUAUUGAAAAACUUUCAAAGCAAAGUUUUAACACAUUUAAGUUUACUUUGUCAUACCCACUAGAUUUAUAUAUGAUUAAUUUUGAUAAGUAUAGUUUUACAAGUGCUUGAUCAACAGCAAUUUUUCCAAAUCUAGUAUUUAUUUGUGCUUUAAAAUUACAUACAUUUGCAUUCUUUUCCUUAAAGCAGACAGAAUAAAGGAACUUUUUCAAAAUAUCAACAAUGCAUUUGUCAUUUGUUGUGCCAGUGUUAUUAUUAAGUACUCUUAUAUGAUUUUUUACUUUCCACUUUUUUUUAAUUAUAUGUAAAAUAGUAAUUUGGGCUCAUUUUUUACCUUAGUUAUCAGUUUUUUUCAUAUAUUAUCACAAUAUUGAUUUUUUACUUUAGAAUGUUUUUUUUUAAUUUAAUUUAGUAUAUUUCUCUUUGGAGCCAGAUAUAGACCAAAUUAUUUAUUUCCUUAUUUUCCAUUAAUUAUUUUUGUACUAAUUUUUUUUUCUUAAGCUAUUUAACACCCGAAAUUUGGUUGCUUUAUAAUUUUUUUUUUCCUAGAUAUUUUCUGAACAAAUUUUUUUUAACAAAAAUAAAAAGACUUAAAAAAAUGGUAUCAGCAUUCCUAUGCAGAACCCACAAUUGUUUAUGUACUAAUUAUGGCUGUCUCUUCUUACUACGUGACUAUCAUAUAGCUCCUUAAAAUUUCUCAAUCCUGGAGCAUCAUUAAUUUGCUCUGGCAAAGAAUUCCAGUUAUUUACUAUACGAUUAGUGAAAAAAGUUCACCUCUGUUGGCAAUGCUUCACCAGUUGAUAUUUUAUUUGCAUAACAUAAUCAGGAGUACCACCAGCAGGUACAUUGCAAUGAAGGGAGGGAAGAGACAUUAGUGGGGGAUGCCAAUUAAUGACAUCAAUCUGACGUACUAUUUUAAAAUGCUGUAUCAUAUCACUUUUGAUCCUUCUCUCAGGCAGGUUGGUAAGUCCUAGGUAGUAAGUUAGGGUGGUAAGUCCUAGGUGGUAAGUUAGGGUGGUAAGUCCUAGUUCUUUGAGUUUUUCUUAGUAUUGAUGCUUUGAUAUCAAGAAAAUUACUUCUGUAGUUUUUCUUUGAAUGUUUUUUAAAAUAUUGAUGUCACUCGCUUGAUAAGGUGACUAAGAUUGAACUGCAACUUCUAAAUGUGAUCUAUUAUAAAUUAUUUAAAGCGAUUUCCACAGAUUUAAACCUCUAUGUUAAAAUUUUUUUUUAAAUUUCAAGUAUUUGAUUGGGCUUCAUAGCAGCAGAAUCUACUUGCGUCUUAACUUUAAAGUUAUCAGAGAUAAGUACACCUAAAUCUUGUAUGCCAUUGUCAUAAUACAUAUAGUAUUUUUGAUUUGAUUUAGUCGAUCCUUUACCGAUAUGCAUGACCUUACAUUUUUUAAUAUUAAAUUUCAUCUGCCAAUUUCCUGACCAUUCAACUGCUUUAUUGAUAUCAGAUUGUAAAAAAUCCACACCUGAUGAUUAUCCCAAUGAGCUGAUUACCCCUAUGAUUUUGCUAUCAUUAGCAUAUAAUUUUAUAUUGUGUGUCAAUUUAUCUGGUAGGUCAUUAAUAUAUAACAGAAAUAGCAGGGUACCGGACUGAUCCCUGUGGGACACCGCUGACUAGAUCUUUCCAUUAAAAAAAAAACAUUUUUCAAUAUGAUAUCUUUACUACUCAAACCAAGUGGUGGCAAAUGAGAUAAACCAAAAACACAAUAGCUAUCUUUUCAAUUAUUUGUUUCUUACUGUAACAAUCUUAACAGUUUUAUAAAAUUUUGUCAUUUCUAUAUGAAAAAAAAUUAUAAUAUAUGCUUUAUAUUUUGCUUUAAAGAGAAGAUCAGUUGAAAGUUCAACUAGUAAUCAACAAUAUGAUUUCCGAUUAAGAAAAAUAAUCAACAAUUGUUCCAAUGAGGACGAAUAUGAAAAGGUUUUCAUUGACAAUACCAUUGCAUUGAUGGUACAGAUUCACACUGUUUUGCACGGUUUGUAAAUGAUGCUUCUGAAAAGUUUUCAAAUUGCUUACCUAAAACUCAUAUCAUAGAUGGAAGACUGCACCUUUUUUAAUAGCUAAUAAAUUCAUUUUUAAAGGCACAGAGUUAAGAUAUGACUAUGGUGAUAGCUCUAAUCAGUGUUGGAGAAAGAAUCAAAAAUAUCAGAAACCUUUCACAAUCGAUGAUAUCAAAGCAUAUUUACAUGGAAAAGAAUUGCAGAGAAAAGUGAGUCUCACUCCAUCGAUGGUAUUUGCAUCAAAAGGAUGUGAGUUUAAAAAGGUGUUUCCAUCACAACCAGAUGAUUUCAAAAAACACAUAAGCCCAACAUGUAGUAAUAUUUGUAAUUCAAGUUUUACAGAUAUUCAUGAAAGUCAUACAGCUUCAGAAGUUGUUGCUGCUAAAAAUCAAGUUUUAAACCCAACAUGUAGUAAUAUUUGUAAUGCAAGUUUUACAGAUAUUUAUGAAAGUCAUACAGCUUCAGAAGUUGUUGCUUCUGAAAAUCAUGUUUUAAAAUAUUUGGAAAAUGGCUAUGAAUCUAUGCUUAACCUUAAAAGAGCUGCGUAUGUUUAAUAAGUUAUUUUAUAUCUAAUUGAUGAUUAACCAAUUUGUAUAGAUUAUUUCUAUACAUUUAUUGUGUCAUUGCUUUAAUAAGUUAUAUUUAAAUAAUAACUUUAAAAUAAGUGUUAUUUUAAAGUUAUUACAUGAAUUUUGUAUAUAAUUUUCUUUUUUAUAGUAUUUAAAGAUUUGCAUAAACCUCCUUCUAAUCGCCUUAUAUUUUUUCAUUCCAAAUUUUUCUACCUAACCUUAAACUUAUUUCUUAGAAUUAUUCUACAUGGUAAAAUGUUGCUUUUUACAAACUCUAAUUUUAUUUUGCCUUUUUGUAACAGUCUCCAGCUAUCUAACAAGAUAGAUAGAGGGACACUAUUACAAAAAUCAUGUUUAUCAUUUUCAAUCAAGUAGUAUGCUUCACUCCCAAUCAUCACAAAACGUGUUGGGAUGAUUAGGAGUUUUUUCUUUACUUAUAGAGAUAUAGUUUAAAAUUAAAAUGUAGAAAGUAAAAUCAGUUCUUUAAAAAAGCUUUUCGAGCUCCCACUUGGAUCUCCAGAAUUUUCAGCUGCUUCUUUCUUUAUUUAAAAUUUGUCAUAAAAUCAAAAUCCAUGCAGCAAACUUAAAUUUGAAUUUAAUUAAUCAUUAAACAGGUUACUGACAAAGUUAUUAAGUUGUUGAUCAUCCAAGUGCCACAAUUAUCAAUAUAUAUAUUUUUCUUUUUAAAAGUUAUAUAUAUAAAUAUAAUUUUACAGGCACACACAAACAUGCUAACAUUAUAUUUAUAUAUAUAUAUAUA